AUGGAAACGUAUCAAAAAUUAUUGGAAAAACAUCCGACCAGCGCCAUUCCAAUCGACAUCGAAGAACAACCAGCUCUCGACAUCCAGCCAGUGUCGGUAACGGAAACGAUGAAAGCCAUCAUGGGAUUCGCCGCUGGCAGCUCGGGAGGUAUGGAUGGAAUUAGGCCACAGCAUAUGAAGGACAUCGUGGGAAAGGAGACCGGCGAUCACGGUGUUAAGUUCUUGGAGAGUCUAAGCAGUUUCGGCGAUUUUUGUCUGGCCGGGUCAGUUCCAGAUUACGUGACUCAUUUCUUAUAUGGAGCCACACUGUGCGGUUUGAACAAGAAGGACAACAACAUUAGACCGAUUGCAAUCGGGAAUACGAUUAGAAGGCUAGUAGCGAGAAUCGGAAGUUCUAGGAUUGCCGACCGAACGGGAGAACAGUUACGCCCCAAACAACUAGGUUUCGGUACCCGCGGAGGCGCGGAAGCUGGAGUACACGCUGCGAGGCAUUUCGUGAACUACAGACACCAAUCGACUAAAAUCUUCGUCAAACUUGACUAUAAGAAUGCGUACAACGAAAUGGAGCGCCAGCCCAUGCUGCAAGCAGUUAAAGCAAAUUGUCCGGACAUCUACUUGUUCAUGAAACAGUGCUACGGCCUGCCAACCUGGCUAUCAUUCGGCGAUUUCACCAUGCUCUCCCAAAGAGGCUGUCAACAAGGAGAUCCGUGCGGCCCGGCGGCUUUUUGCAUGGGAAUACACCACAUGGUCAACUGUUUGGAAUCGGAAUUCAACAUUUGGUAUAUCGACGACGGAACGAUUGGAGGUGAACCAGAUGUAGUGAUCAACGACUUGGAAACUAUCAUAGCAAAAUCAUCCGAGGUUGGACUGGAACUAAAUUUCGGCAAGUGCGAGAUCAAAAUACUGGGAGUCGUCCGUCCGGAAGAACGAGCCCACAUUCUGCAAAAAAUCAACCAAGUCGCUCCAGGUAUCGUGGAACGUCAAGACGACAUUGAACUGCUGGGCUCACCAUUGACAUUGUCGGGAAUCAAAUCAGCAAUUAAUAAGAAACUGCGCAAAUUGAAAAUCAUGGUUGGCCGAAUGGACAAAUUGAAUGCGCAUCACUCCUACUGCCUGCUCCGAAGUUCACUGUCAAUUCCUCAAUUAAGCUACCUGCUUCGAACCACACCUUGUUGGAAUGCUAUGGACGAACUAGAAGAAUACGAUCGGGUACUGAAGGAUGCAAUGGAAAGUAUCGUGAAUUGCCGCUUCACAGAAAAUUCAUGGAACGAAGCCACUUUGCCAGUCAAGUUGGGUGGAUUGGGACUAAGAAACGCCACAAACCUCUGCUACUCCAGUUUUUUGGGCUCAAUUCAUUCAUUCGCCGGUAUGGUACGCAACAUCGUUCCUUCUUUCUCAUUGGAAGCUGAUCCGUCAACACUCGAAGCUUUGGAUGCAUGGUCGUCACUAGCCUUGCAAGAAAUCCCGGACGCUUCAGAACAAAAGUUCCAGCACGUGUGGGAUUUGGCUUUGUGUACUAAACUGCAACGAGACAUUUCCGAACAGUCAACAAGCAUAACAUCAAAGGCUCGAUUGCUAGCAAACAAUAACAAGGAGACAGGUGCCUGGCUGAACGCAUUUCCAUUCGCUUCAUUGGGCACACUACUGGACAACCAAUCGUUUCGGAUCGCCGUUUCACUUCGUCUAGGGCUCCCAUUGUGCGUCCCACACACAUGUAUCUGCGGCAAGGAGGUUGAUGAAUUGGGCCUUCACGGAUUAUGUUGUAAAAACAGUGCUGGCCGGUGGGCAAGACACGCAAUCGCCAACGACUUGUUAAAACGGUCUCUCGUGACCAGCAAAAUCCCAGCCCUCCUGGAACCAACAGGAUGCAACAGGUCGGAUGGAAAGAAACCGGACGGGCUUACCUUGGUCCCGUGGCAAAAUGGAAAGCCCUUGGUUUGGGAUUUCACGUGUGCCGACACCCUAGCACCAUCAUAUGUCAAAGGUAACUCACGGACGGCUGGUUUCGCUGCUCGAACACGAGAGGCUUACAAACUACGGCUGUAUAGGAAUCUAACUCCCACAUAUCACGUCGUGCCAAUUUGCAUCGAAACUCUGGGAACCAUCGGUGAGAGAGGCUUGAAGCUUAUCCGACGCAUUGGGGAACUGCUACAAAAUGUUACAGGUGAGAAACGAUCAACUAGUUUUCUAAUCCAACGCCUCAGUAUUGCCAUCCAGAGAGGAAACGCAGCAGCUGUUCUAGGCACGAUACCAUCGGAUACCAAUCUUGAAGAGAUCUACUACCUCUGA